CUCGUACAUAUAUGUACAUGAAUGCAUUGUGAUGAUCACUGUAACUCGAGCUAGUACCCCACUCUUAUUACAGCACGCAUUGUAUACGUAUGUAUGCCCUAUUAUGUACACAAACUGCAACCUUUGAGCAAACUUCUGGACGGACUGAUCAAUAGAACAGUUUUCCAGUAGCUAUAAUUAUAACCAUUGAGAGAAUGGAGUCUGACCAGGACAUAGCCACGCUGAUAAAAAAGAACAAAGAACUGACCAAAGAGAACAAUAAACUGAAACAGCAAGUGCAGUCAAAAACAUAUCAAAUAGAAGUACUUCAACACAAGCUUCAUGUCAAGGAAGUGUUACUGAGGGAAUCAGAUAUUUCGAAAAAUGAUGCAAAAGAUGUUCUUGAAGAUAUGAAAGUGGAAAUGGAGCGGAUCGGAAAGAGGAUUACAAAACAUCUUUUUAGAUUGAAAGAUCCACCACUCAACGAAGUUAUUGUUCCGAUGAAGAGGGCUGAAAGUUUAGAGAGCGUCAGUGUUGUGCCAAAAUCAACUUCAGAGGACUCAAGAUCGGAGACUGAGUGCACCACCAUAGAUCAUCAGGAAGAGACGAGCAAUGACAAGCGAUAUCAAUACGAACCCAAAGACUCAGACAUUGAGAGCGAUCAAGCGUCUUCAAUACGAAGUGUAAAGACCGUUAUACGCAAGAGAAUCUCCAGAGCAGUGGACAACCUAGAUGGGACACUGCAAAGUACAGCCACGAGUAAACACGGUAUUGAAGAUAUUCCCGCUAUAAAAGUUGAACAACCUCUACGUGUACAGCCAACUAGGAUUACUGAAACUAGUGAUGAACAAAGCGAUGAACUGGCAACCCAAUCGGACACUAAUAGCAGUACUCUCUUUACACGUCCAGUGCAAGUGAAGAGCCCAUCUGGAAGUGAGCUAAGUGAUGCCGUGAGCACAGAUGCUAAGGUACUGAAAUCUAGGCCAUCACGUCACACCAAGGAGCUAGUUGCACAACCACUACUCACACAACUUAUGCAAAGAUCAGAAUUGGGAGUAUUGAAGGAGCCCUUUACUUCAGCUGGUUGUGAAACAGAAGAUAGAAAACCUACAGCUACUCAACCAGAUGAAAAUUGUGAUUUCAUGCGUACAUUUAACAAAAUAACACAAAAGUCUCGACCUCCACAAUCAUAGUAUGUCAUUAUAUACCUUAGAGACACAGUGUAUAGACUAGUGUCGGCUAUAGUUCUCAAUUAUUGAAUAGCUUUGCAGCUAAUCGUCGAACAUGAAAAGGUUCAAUAAUUCAAGUUAGCUAAUUCGUCCAUUCCAUUUAGACUCUAACGAUCCACAGCCAGUCGGACAGAAGGAGUACUUCGUAAACUUUUCCCAUUCUAACCAGAUGCACCAGCCACCUACAUGUAGAUCUACAGUUUUUAGAACUAUCGCAUCAUAAAUAGCCUUAUAUAAUAUGAAAGCAACGAAGGUACUGAUGCCUCGGUGGAAUGCCAAAGCUACAUAAUAUAAAGCUA